AUGACCAGAAGGCAGGGAUCUUCAUUGACUUGGAUUAGGGCGAUUGCUGUCGUGCUGGCUGUCCAAGGAAUCGCUCUGAGCUCUGCGUUCUCACUUUCGCCCUCGAGACUGCCAUCCCUUUCACACUCAAGAUCUUCAGCAACAUGCUGCAACGCUCGCAAGCAUAUACGACUCUCUCACGCCCUGGUGGUUCGUUGCGUUGCUCACCGUCGAGAGGUAGAGGGAAGUCAAGUACAUCACAGACAGUUUGUUCCGUUGGGCAGCUCAUCUGAUGACAAGGACUGUUUGUCGCUGUUGAGCUAUAAUGUGCUGGGCCCGAAGCAAGCUCUCACUGAGAAGCACAAUUACGCUAGCUUGAGACACAGGAAGUGGCCUUACAGGAAGAAGCAGCUGCUAGAGGAGAUCGAGCGCUACAACCCAGACAUUCUCUGUCUGCAAGAGAUCACACCAGACACUUUCCAGCACGACUUCACUCCCUUCCUCAAGGAGUUGGGCCUUGACAGCGGCGUUUACACCCCCAAAAAACUUCCGGUGGGAGAGGUCAUGAGCAACGGAAAGAGGGUUGUGAAACGGAAGCCACGGCCCAUCCUGCGUCCGGACUUGCUCGGCACAGGCUCGCAUGCAUGUCUGGGGACUGCGACUUUCUUUCGGAGCUCAGUCCUGAAGCUGCUCAAGUGUGAGAGAGUGUUGCUAAGAAGCAAAUUAUCCACCCUAUGUGACGUUCUUGACAGUCAAGAAGCAGUGUCGAACGGUCAGAGCUCCGAGCUCUCGGGAGAGACUGAAGGGGAUGAAUCCACAAAGUCCUUGACGAGGAGGGCGAGGAGGAGACAACGGGGGAAGACAAGGUUGGUUCCUCCUGUCGAUUCGCUGAGUAUGUCGCUCGCAAGCGACGUUCGAGGGAAGGCGGACACUGCUGUUUUCACCUGCUUCGAGCUGAAGGGCAAGGAAGGACAGGGAGCUGUCCGAAGGCUGGGGAUAGCCAACGUCCACCUGUUCUGGGAUCCACAGAGACCAGACAUCAAGCUCAUUCAAUGUGCUCUUGCCUGCUCGUCCUUCUCUGCCUUCAUGAAGGAGGUCCAGGACCAGCACGGCGAGCAGAAGACUCCUCUCAUUCUGUCCGGGGACUUCAACAGCGUUCGGCACCUCCAGACUGAGUUCUUGAGGAACCUGAGCCAAGAAAAUCAAGAAGAAUUCAGCGCUGUAUGGAGACUCAUGGCCAAGGGCUCCGUCGAUGCUUCACACCCCGAGCAUCCUUCGUCCUUUGGCUCGUCGGUGGAUAUGCCGAGCAUUGCAAACAAUCUCCCGACAUUGCAAAAUGCCUACACAGCUGGAGGGCGGGAGCUGCCCAAGUACACGACCAAGACCGGAUUCUUUGCCGGUUGUAUCGACCACAUAUGGUGCACUCAGGACGUACAAGUGCAGUCAAUCCUUGAGAUGCCAUACACAGAGAGCGACAGUGCGAACUUUCCUCCGAUCCCUGACGCCACAUGGGGCUCCGACCAUCUAGCCAUUGGAGCUCGAUUCAAGCUGCCUGACCUGUAG